AUGCCACCCCUAGAAAUACAAGUGGUGCGCCAUCAUUACUCUGAACGGCCAGAACAUCAUAUUCUAGCCGACACAAAGCCUGGUACGGCAUGGACAUCCUAUCUUCCUUGGAAAACAUCAGCGUCUGGCGAGAGUCGUACCCGGAAAGAUGGCAGAAGGCCAUUUGCAGGGCGAAUUACCAGCAGUAGUACGAUCAGCGAAGGUGGGAAAUCCGUGAACCAUGACGAGCCGCUAACAUCGCGCUCCACUGCCGAGAACAUUACAGGCUUCCGGAACCCAUGGCAAAGCUGGCACCAGCCGACGCAUGGAGAAGUCUGGAGAUCACUCCAGUGGGGACUCGACAAAGACCCUUGCAUCGAUCUUGGUGCAAAGCGUGCUCUAGAUGCACCGUCCAAUGAUAUCGAAAAUAUCCUCAACUCGAGGGAGAAACAAGCCGCGGCUUUACUCCGUAUUGUAAAGCCUGACUUCACAUUCGACAGUCAGAAGCAUCGGGCAAGGGUAACGUGGCUAGGCCAUGCUGGUGUUCUGAUACAGCUACCGCCGCUAAAGCAGGGCGCCAAGCCAGUGCGACUAUUGUUCGAUCCGAUAUUUUCCAUGCGCUGCUCUCCGUCCCAGCUUGCCGGUCCUCUUCGCUCCUACCCUCCUCCUUGUGCUGUGGAAGACCUACCGGAGAUCGAUGUCUUCGUUAUCAGCCACAACCACUAUGAUCACCUGGACUAUGAUACGGUCCUCAAGGUUUGGGAGCGCAACAAGCAGCAUCUGCGUUUCGUCGUGCCUCUGGCGAACCGUCAGUGGAUCAUCAACUGUGGGAUCAGCGAAGAUCGCGUAACGGAGCUUGACUGGUGGGACGCCGCAUCGCUCACGAGCUCCUCUCAUGACCGGGGCGAGGUUUACGAAUCUGCUAUCAGAUUGACGUGCACACCUGCGCAGCAUAAUUCUGGUAGAGGCUUCGAUUCCAAUGAAACAUUAUGGUCAUCUUGGUAUCUUGAACAUCCUGGUACAAAGGCGGCCUCGCAACCUUAUCGCAUAUUCUUUGCCGGCGACACUGGCUACCAGUUCCACGACUCUCCAGGUUGGCCUCCACCGCCUCCCUCUGCAGCGGAAAACCUGCAGAGCUACGACUACCCAGCGUGUCCGGGAUUCGAGGAGAUUGCUGAUCGACUCGGCUCGCCGCACUUGCUUCUUAUGCCUGUCUCCGUAGGCGCGACACAUGACUUUGUCAGGAGCCUUACCUUCAUGCCGGACGCCACAAAUCCGGUGCCACGGCAUACUCCAGGAGUGACUGCGCAUAAUCAUAUGCCACCUUGGGAUGCAGUGCGUGUAUUACGUUUGAUGACCAAGAAGCAGAGCGCAGCAGAAGCAAGCCCUGUAGCGAUCGCAAUGCAUUGGGGUACGUGGGCCGAACCUGAAGAGGUCCUGAAGACUCUUGGGCAGUUGGAGUGGGCUUGUGUUGCGCACAAAGUUCAAUUCGCAAGGGAGCUUGGGGCGUCGAGAAGCGCGGGUAAGACGGCGUGCUUUCUGGCGAUCAAUCAUGGGCAGAGUGUCGACGUUUGA